AUGGCCCCUCUAACCAUGGGCCCCCGGAUCCUCCUCUCCCUCUCCCCCUCCAGCGCCCUGCGCUUCACAAGCCAAACCCUCCGCACUGUCCUCCGCCGCCACGGCGCCGCAGCCUUCUACUCCUCAACUUCCUCUGGCCCGCUCAUCCGCGUAACCGAUUUGCCCGCCCCCGGCUCAGGUCACAUCCGCAUCCUAGAGCUCAACCGGCCCGAGGCGCGCAACGCAAUCUCUAAGGCGUUGCUCGCGUCGCUGAGGGAAGAGAUUGACGCCGUACACGAGCAAUAUGACCCUGUGACGGGGGAAGAACUGCCAAAACCGUCGUGGGCAAAGAGGUUUGGGGGCGUGGCGGGGGAGGAUGAGAGGGGGCCGACGCGGGCGCUGAUUAUUGCGAGCGCGGUGGACACGUGCUUUUGUGCGGGGGCAGAUUUGAAGGAGAGGAAGGGGUUUACGCAGGAGGAGACUGCUGCCUUCCUCGAUGCCCUCCGCUCCACUUUCUCUUCGCUCUCCUCCCUCCCCAUCCCCACCAUCUCUGCCAUCUCCUCCAUUGCCCUGGGCGGUGGCCUCGAGCUCGCCCUCUCAACCCACUUCCGCGUUCUCUCCUCCAACGCUCAAGUUGGCCUGCCCGAGACCCGCUUAGGCAUCAUCCCCGGCGCAGGCGGCACUUACCGUCUCCCGGCCCUCAUCGGCAUCCCCCGCGCGCGGGACCUCAUCCUUACCGGCCGGCGCGUCGGCGCCGCGGAGGCCUACUUCCUGGGUAUUGCCGACCGCCUGGUCGAGGUCGGCCCCGAGAACGAAGAAGAAGCCAAACAGUGGGAGGCGAUGUCCGAGGAGGAGAGGGGCAAGAAGUUUUUGGAUACGGCGAGGCGGGCGGCGCUCAGUGAGGCGGUACGACUGGCGCAGGAAAUUUGCGAGGGCGGGCCGAUCGCGAUCAGGGCGGCGCUUAGGGCGGUCGAGCAGCCAAGUGAGGAGAGGGAAAAUGCGAUGUAUGAGAGGGUGGUGAGGACGGAGGAUCGGGAUGAGGCGUUGAGGGCUUUUGCGGAGAAGAGGAAGCCUGUUUUCAAGGGGAGCCAUCAAAAAGCUGUCGUCGACUCAGCAAAAGACACUCUCACAAAGGUCGAUCACGCCAUCUCACAAAAACUUGUAGACGGCAUCGACAUCGGUACCAAGGCGGCAGACACCCUCAAGUCUACAACAGAAUCCGCCCGCGACAAAGCCCAAGACUUAGUCGACAAAGUCCGCACCGCCACCAGCACCAGCACCGGCGAAGCUAAGGGCAAGGUUCACGAGGCUGCUGGUGCAGCAAAAGGCAUGACCUCCGAAGCGACAGGCAAGGCUAAGGGUGCCAUGGGUGAGGCAGCGGGCAAGACGAAGGGAGCUAUGGACAUGGCAAAGGGCAAAAUGGACGAGAUGGCGAGUAAUGUGAAGGGUGCUGCGAAGGAGAGGUGGCGGGGGAUGUGA